GAGGUGGGGGGAAGCAUGGCCACCUUGGCCAGGCUUCAGGCGAGGCUGCCGGGCCUGCGGGAGGAGUGUUUCCGUCGGAACAGAUCUAUAGAUGAAUACCGAAAGAAAGAGUACAAAGCUGCUGUCAAAAUCCAGAGCUGGUUUCGAGGAUGCAGAGUCCGAGCUUAUAUCAGGUAUUUGAACAAUGUGAUAAUUAUUAUACAGAAGUGGUGGAGAGGUUAUCAAGGCAGAAGAUACUUCAGAAAAAUGGUGGAGACAGCAUAUUUUAUUAUGAAGAUGAAUUUCUACAAUGAAAUGGCUGUCAGGAUUCAGAAAAGAUGGCGAGGCUAUUAUGUUCGAAAAUAUAUCCAUAAUUAUUAUGCACUGAAGAAAUACCUGGAAGCCAUUUCUGUGAAUAAUGAGAUUGUCAGGAAAGAACUGAAUGAGUAUGCAGAAAUGAAGGAAAAAGAAAAGCAAAAGAAAGACCUAGAAAAGAAAGAAAAGGAAAAGGAUCACCAAGCCCGAAAGAUGCAUUACCUCCUUAGCACUGAGCAAAUUGCAGGUGUAUACAAUUCACCAUUCAGAAAAUCCCCAGAUCCAAUGGAACUCCUGUUGCGGAAGUCAAAGCCGUUGAGCCACAGCCAGCAGCCAGCAAAGAAUCACCUCAUAUGUGAGCUCUGUGGCUGGUCAAAUUAUACAAGGUCUCAGACUUUCCCCACACCACAGCCUCUACCACCUAUUGGCAGACAGAAACCUCAGGGGCCUUUCCGUGAUACUGCUGAAGUAUUGCGGCAGCGCUACAAGCCUUUAGAACCAACCUUGCGAGUGGCAGCGUCAAUCAAUUCACUAGAGAAGGCCAGAGAGGAAAUGAAGAGAGAGGAAUGGAGAAACCGUAUACAUGACAAUGAAUUUUUGCCAUUUUCCUCAUAUCAUAAAAAAGAGAAGUACGACCCAUCGAUUCACAGGUCAGGUAAAUAUGGCCAAGAAACUUACGGAAUUAAACAUUUCCGAGAGGUACAGCCUAAGAAGUGGAUAGCAGACAAGGACUUUCAAACAGUGUUACCAUCGAUUGUUCUCUUUGAAAGGUUUGGAAAAACCUAUUCCAGAACUGGGCAAAUAGUUUAA